UUUGGAUUUCAAUCAGUUUGGUUGUAUAUUGCUCAGACCAGUUUGCUCGAGACUUUUUAGUCUCUCAAAAUUUAAAUGUUGCGCAAAUAUCUAACCCUACGACAUAACAUCAAGGAUGAAGCUGGCGGUGGCCCCCAAACGACAACUGCCGGUCCAUCCGCUGGUAAUGUGGCUAAUGCAACCACAGCCCUAGCCGCUGGUAAGAGCUCAAGCAAUAACAUGUAUUCCACCCGCCAAUCUGUAAGCACCACAACAGGUGUACUUAUGGUCGGACCAAAUUUUCGUGUUGGUAAAAAAAUUGGCUGUGGUAACUUUGGCGAAUUGCGUUUAGGCAAAAAUCUUUACAACAAUGAACAUGUAGCAAUAAAAAUGGAGCCUAUGAAGUCAAAGGCUCCGCAACUACACUUAGAGUAUAGGUUUUAUAAACUAUUAGGAUCACAUGCCGAUAACGCCCCAGAUGGCAUACCACGCAUUUAUCAUUUGGGCACUUGCGGUGGCCGUUAUAAUGCCAUGGUUUUAGAGUUAUUGGGAUUAUCAUUAGAAGAUCUCUUCAAUAUUUGCGCCCGUAAAUUUUCACUUAAGACUGUAUUGAUGAUAGCGAAACAACUUCUCCACCGGAUCGAAUAUGUUCAUAGUCGGCACUUAAUAUAUAGGGAUGUUAAACCAGAGAACUUUCUCAUUGGCAGAACGUCAACAAAACGUGAAAAAAUUAUACAUAUAAUUGAUUUCGGUUUGGCCAAAGAAUACAUUGAUUUAGAUACAAAUAGGCAUAUACCAUAUCGGGAGCAUAAGUCCCUAACUGGAACGGCACGUUAUAUGUCAAUCAACACGCAUAUGGGGCGUGAACAGUCGCGUCGAGACGAUCUGGAGGCAUUGGGUCAUAUGUUUAUGUACUUCUUAAGAGGUUCACUGCCGUGGCAAGGCCUGAAGGCUGAUACACUCAAGGAGAGAUAUCAAAAAAUCGGUGAUACGAAACGAGCAACGCCCAUCGAGGUGCUUUGCGACGGACAUCCUGAAGAGUUUGCGACAUAUUUGCGUUACGUACGGCGGUUAGACUUUUUCGAAACUCCCGAUUAUGAUUUCCUGCGAAGACUGUUUCAAGACUUAUUCGAUCGUAAGGGAUACACCGACGAGGGCGAGUUCGACUGGACAGGGAAGACUAUGUCAACGCCCGUCGGAUCUCUGCAAACUGGCCAUGAAGUCAUCAUUUCACCAAAUAAAGAUCGUCAUAAUGUUACGGCUAAGACAAAUGCCAAAGGAGGUGUUGCUGCGUGGCCUGAUGUGCCCAAACCGGGGGCAACACUGGGCAAUCUAACGCCAGCCGAUCGGCAUGGUUCAGUGCAGGUUGUGAGUUCGACGAAUGGCGAACUAAAUCCGGACGAUCCCACGGCCGGACACUCAAACACGCCCAUCACACAGCAGCCGGAAGUCGAAGUGGUCGAUGAAACAAAUGGUUCCUUAUAUUCCAGAUGUUGUUGUUUCUUUAAACGAAAGAAGAAGAAAUCGACGCGCCAGAAAUGACUAGACGGUGUACAAUGUAGUCCAGAACGCGAGGCAGUCACCCUGCUGCGCGCCACUUCACAUUCAAACUCACGGGAUAGCGUAUUGAAUAAUCCGAGUCAGGAUUAUAUCCAGCAGGCAACGUCGCAGCACACGUUGCGUUAUCCUCCAUCCGCGUCGAUGCUGACGCCAACACCAACUACAAACACACCGACACUUCCGUUGUAAUUUAUACAAAAAUAUAAAACAUUAAAAAAAACCAACAAAAACACCCGAUACAGCAGCAGCUAAAAACAAAAACUAAAAAAAAAAUACAAACAAAAAAUAAAAACAAAAACACAGAAUCCAACAAGAAAACAAAAGAGAACGGUAUACAUUAAAUACACUAAAAGAAAAAACAACAACAAGAACAGUAAACGAAACAAACAAAAUGAAACAAUUUUUGAUUAAUAAUUAUUGUAAUGAUUGUAUUUUAUUAUUAUUUUUAUUAUUUACCAAUUUUGCGUUUAUUAUAUAAAUUAUUAUAAUUAUUAAUUAUAUU